UGUGGAUUUCAUGUGCUCGAGGAUGAAGCGGCUUCUUGUUGAUUUCCCGGGGCUCUCUGGAGUGAAGCCGCCCGACCCUCAAGUCGGACAUUCGGACAACGAGAGAGGACAAUAGACCAAGCGGAGGGAACAUAAGUGUAUCUUUUCAACAGAGGCACAGCCGCUAAACCUGAUGUAGCGGUAGUAUUACCACUGAAAGGCAGUCGAGAGAAGAAACUGUCCUAUUUCGUAGGAGCACCGUGUUGGGACCGAGCCUCCGUCCGAGUCCACCCAGACAUGGUCCACUGUCAGCCCAGGCCGCCGAGGACUCUACUACCGCUGAUUUGAACCUGCCGAAAACCGUUUGGGAGUUGGGAAAAGAACGCUUCUGUGUAAUUGGAGAGUGAUACCGGCAGUCAUGCCCGAUCAAAUCACCGUGUCAGAGUUUGUGGUGGAGACCAACGAGGACUACAAGUCACCCACCGCCUCCAACUUUACCACCAGGAUGUCCCACUGCAGGAACACCGUGGCUGCCCUCGAGGAGGCUUUAGAUGUGGACCGCAGCGUUCUAUACAAGAUGAAAAAAUCAGUGAAGGCCAUCUACACGUCUGGUUUGGCUCAUGUGGAGAAUGAGGAGCUGUACACACAAGCAUUGGAGAAGUUUGGAGAAAACUGUGUGUACAGAGAUGAUCCAGAUUUGGGUUCGGCUUUCCUGAAGUUCUCUGUCUUCACCAAGGAGCUGACGGCGCUCUUCAAAAACCUUUUCCAAAACAUGAACAACAUCAUCACCUUCCCUUUGGACAGCCUGCUGAAAGGAGAUCUGAAAGGAGUCAAAGGGGAUCUAAAAAAACCUUUUGACAAAGCCUGGAAGGACUACGAAACAAAAGUCACGAAAAUAGAAAAGGAGAAAAAGGAGCACGCCAGACAGCACGGGAUGAUCAGGACGGAGAUUAGCGGGGCGGAAAUUGCUGAGGAGAUGGAGAAGGAAAGGAGAUUCUUUCAGCUUCAGAUGUGUGAGUAUCUCCUCAAAGUCAACGAGAUCAAAAUCAAGAAGGGAGUAGACCUGUUGCAGAACCUCAUCAAAUACUUCCAUGCGCAGUGCAAUUUCUUUCAGGAUGGUCUCAAAGCAGUGGACAACCUGAAGCCUUCCAUAGAAAAACUGGCCACAGAUCUCCACACAAUAAAGCAGGCGCAGGAUGAGGAGCGGAAGCAGCUGACACAGUUACGAGAUGUUCUUAAGACAGCGCUACAAGUGGAGCAGAAAGAGGAUUCACAGGUGCGUCAGAGCAAUACCUACAGCCUACAUCAGCCGCAAGGCAACAAGGAACACGGCACUGAGCGCAGCGGCUACCUUUACAAGAGAAGCGACGGGUUGCGUAAAGUGUGGCAGAAGAGAAAGUGUACGGCAAAGAACGGAUACCUCACCAUCCCACAUGGCACUGCAAACAGGCCUCCAGCCAAACUGAACCUGCUCACUUGUCAGGUGAAGAACAAUCCUGAGGAGAAGAAGAGCUUUGACCUCAUUUCGCAUGACAGAACAUAUCACUUUCAGGCUGAGGAUGACCAGGAUUGCCAAAUCUGGAUCUCCGUGCUCCAGAACAGCAAAGAAGAGGCGCUGAACCAAGCCUUCAAAGGGGACCAGCACGUCGGCGAGAACAACAUCGUGCAGGAGCUGACCAAGGCCAUCCUGGCCGAGGUGAAGAGGAUGACGGGAAACGACGUAUGCUGCGAUUGCGGCGCGCCCAACCCAACAUGGUUGUCCACCAACUUGGGCAUCCUCACUUGUAUUGAAUGCUCAGGGAUCCAUAGGGAGCUGGGAGUCCACUACUCCAGGAUCCAGUCGCUCACUCUGGAUGUACUCAGCACCUCAGAGCUCUUGCUGGCCAAGAAUGUGGGGAAUGCAGGCUUCAAUGAAAUAAUGGAGGCUUGCUUAAGUGCUGAAAACACGAUGAAACCCAACCCCUCCAGUGACAUGCAGGCGAGGAAAGACUUCAUCAUCGCUAAGUACACAGAGAAGCGCUUCGCCAGGAAGAAAUAUCCAGACUCGGUGUCGCGGCUCCACACACUGUGCGAAGCAGUAAAGGCUCGGAACAUCGUCUCUCUCAUCCAGGUCUACGCCGAGGGAGUAGACCUUAUGGAGCCCAUACCGCUUGCCAACGGACAUGUUAUCUUUUGUCCCCCCAGGAGCAGGGAAACGGCGCUUCAUCUUGCGGUCAGGCUGGUGGACAGAACGUCGCUCCACAUUGUCGACUUCCUCACUCAGAACAGUUUAAAUUUGGAUAAGCAAACGACCAAAGGGAGCACGGCGCUGCACUAUUGCUGUCUGACUGACAACAGUGAGUGCCUGAAGCUGCUGCUGAGGGGGAAGGCAUCCAUAGACAUUGCUAACGAGACCGGGGAAACGCCGCUGGACAUCGCCCGCAGGCUCAAACACCUCCAGUGUGAGGAGCUGUUGAAUCAGGCGCUGGCAGGGAAAUUCAACGCACACGUUCAUGUGGAGUAUGAAUGGUGCCUGCAGCAUGAAGACUUGGAUGAGAGUGAUGAGGAUCUGGAUGAAAAGCCCAGUCCUCACCGUAGGGACGAGCGUCCGGUCAGUUGUUACACACCCAGCACCAACUCCCACCUGCAGACCCGGGACAACGCCGGUCUGGCCAAGGACAAGCAGCGGUCCUACCUGCCUAAUCUGGUCAACAACGAGACCUACGGCACUGUCAUCAACAACAACCCGCCUCAACAACCCGGUCUGCCCGCAACCACCGCCGGACCACCGCUUCCCCCGAGAAACAUUGUCCAACCAACCGGCCUUGGUGGGACGCCUCAAUCCUCAUCUUCCAACAGCUGGAAGCCCGGUUCUUUAGACCUGGUUGGACGUCAGAGAUCGUCUUCAGACCCCCCCAACAUGCACCCUCCUGCUCCCCCUUUCCGGCUCACCUCGGCAGGAGGGAAGAGUGACGGAAUGAGCUCACAAAACAAGUCGGGUCAAGGACCUGCAGGAUCCAGCAGAGCCAAUCAGUCCAAGUCCCCUGCAGGCAAUGGCAAAGGCUUCACCCGAGGACCCCUAAAUCGGACGGAAUCGAUUGAGCGACCAACUAAGGCAGUGCCAGGAUGUCCCCAGAACUCUGUAGGCCAGUCUUUUCCUUCAGCACCCCACUCCAGAAAGGCCUACCCAAAGCACAGGCCAAAGCGAGUGAAAGCCAUCUACAACUGUGUGGCAGACAACCCCGACGAAUUGACCUUCUCUGAGGGCGAGGUCAUUGUGGUCGACGGUGAGGAGGACCAAGAGUGGUGGCUGGGCCACAUCGAGGGAGACCCGACAAGACGCGGAGCCUUCCCGGUCACCUUUGUACAGUACGCUGCAGACUGAACGCUCAGGUGGUCGCCCUUUAUCUCAAUCUGAGCAUCUCUUCCCCUUAAUGUGUGUGCUGUUUAUUAGGAUUGUUGUAAGAAAGAAAAGCACGAUCGUUUCCAACCACCUUUCAUAAUAAAUGCACUUUCCUCGCUGCUCCGUCACACACGAUGAAGAUUGUCCAGGACUCACUUUCCCCUCCUCUUCCUCCUCCUUUUUCUUUCAACCUGAACUGUGAAUGAGCAUGAGCUUACUCCGCUGAUUAAUAACAAGCACCAACACGACUCUUCUUCUCUGCUUUUUAAUUAGGGUUUAUAUGAUGUAUGUGUGCUAAAUAUGUCUUAUAGCCUCAUUAUGUGUGCCUCCCUUAAGAUGAAUGUGUACAAGUAUGCAGUUUGAUGCAAAACGACUCAUUGUCUGGGCAAAUGUUCAGUUGAAGUGCAUUUAUAGCCAGUGAAAAUGUAUCUUUUAGCUGACAAUGACACGGGGACUUUUAAUUACUCAUGUUUAAGUUGUAAGUAAAAUAAUUUAGAUACUUAAGAUCAGUGUUUCCCAAAUGAAACAUUUUUGUACUUCACUGGGAAAAAAAUCCUACAAUGGAAUGAUGCUGUAUAUGUGUAUAAAUACUACAGAAUAUGACAGGCAUUUAAAUACAUUGUAUGAUUGCUUGAUUAUAAAAUUGCUUUUAAGUAAUUUAACUAAACCCCCCCCAAAAACAAAAAUUAAAAAUACUUCUAAAUUUGGCCAAUAUUACAAAAAAUAUACAAUACUUUUUAAAAAAUUUAGAUUAACCAUUUGUUUUAUUUUCAAAAAUCACACAUGUUAAUCCAUCUGAUCAAAGAAAAUAGAACAACUCCAACUCAAUCCCAGAUGUGCAAUAUUUAUGAUAUAAUUGUACAGAGCAAGCGAGAAUACUGUAUUAAAAAAAAUAUAUAUAUAUAUAAUAUUAGCAAAAACAGCAUUGAUAACCAUAAUAUUAAGAAUAACAUCAUUAAUAGUAAUUAAAAGCAAUUAACUCAAUUACUUACAAUAUGUCUAUCUGUGUUAGCCCUGCGAUGAGGUGGCGACUUGUCCAGGGUGUACACCGCCUUCCGCCCGAUUGUAGCUGAGAUAGGCACCAGCGACCCCUAAGGGAAUAAGCGGUAGAAGAUGGAUGGAUGUAUAACUUGUAUCAUCACUUAUCAUUUCCAUCACAAAAUAUAUUUACUUUUUUUACCCUCUCCCCUCCCCCCAUAGGAUCAAGGACUAAAAAAAGAUAAUAUAUUUACUCAUUUGAAUGUGAGUGUGAAUGUUGUCCAUCCAUCUGUAUCGGCCCUGCGAUGAGGUGGCGACUUGUCCAGGGUGUACCCGGCCUUCCGCCCGAUUGUAGCUGAGAUAGGCGCCAGCGCCCACACGUGACCCCAAGAGGAAUAAGCGGUAGGAAAUGGAUGGAUUUUAUUUUUAUUUUUGGUCAUUUUCAGCUAUAAAAUACACAUUCAACAGCCAGAAAGGAACUUUGAAAAUUGCUGUCUUGUCCACCUUAAAAAAAAUGGUAGGAUGUUAGGUGCGUGUUUUGAAAUAAGCAUUUUAAUGUAACGUAGUUGGAUGUUGUGUUGCAGAGCAACUUAAUACAAAGUGAAUAUUUACUGUGGGCAUUGAACGUCACACCAUGAGAGUCUUUGUGAGAGUUGCAGCUGAUGCUUUAAUGGUGUUUUGUUAUGAACUCACUGGAAAUGGGAAGAUUGAGCAUUUACAUGUGUACAUAGAUGGAUAUAAGUAUGUGUGUGUUGAUAUUUAAAUGUAGACAAGAGAGCACUGUGGUGUAGCGGGAAACACUUUGUACAGAAUAUGUGUGAAAUAACAUCACUUGUCUUUAUUUGUUGUUGGAUCUCUUUAAGUGGGAAAUGAAACUGGAAUAAAAUGAUAUAAAACAUC